AACAAAAGAAGAAGUAGAACUUGUGGAAUUGCAUUCUCGGAGCAAGUAGGGUGCAUUACAUAUAAUUGAAUGCAGUUUUUUUGUAUUUUUCGAUUAUUUUGGCUUCAAAUAAAAAAUGUAGAGUACUGGGCCAUUAAAAAUGAUCGUUAAUGGAAAACGAUUAAAAUUUGUUCUUUGUUUGGGGCUAGUCGGCGAAAACGUAUUAGAUAAUGUUUACCAAAAGGAACUUGGUUGAUGUGAAGAAGUCAACAUCGAAACUUCAAGACCCUAAAAAAGAUGUAGCUACGAGGAUCAAACAUCUAAAACUAAUUUUAGAAAAUGUGGAUACAGCAGAAGCCAAGGGCUUAUUUGAAGCCAACUUUAGUCAUAUUUAUAUAAUUCUUUAUGAGAGUUUCCUGCAAACGGAAUCCAAUCUGAAACAACGAGAACUGUCUUUCCAUUUAGUGCCCAAAGCUCAUAAAGAAGAGCUGGAGUGUAGCCUCUGGAUCUUGGAACAGGUCAUUAGCCUUUUGCCGGAGCUGAUUCACCAAAGAUGGCAGCUUCAUUCAUUGGGCAGGAUUAUGGCCCAAUUGUUGCACCCUGGCAAUUCCUUAAGACUACGAAAACAGGGCAUCAAAUACUUUCUCAUGUGGUAUCAAGCGUUAAAUGAAAACACCACCGAAUCCGUGGAUUGCAUGUUUGCAUCACUAGUACCCGGAUUUGGCAAACAUUCCGCUCACACAUUUCCUGCCAGCGAGAGCGUGUUUCAUGAUGACCAUUACCCUGUUACGGUGUCAGAGUUAGUGCCAAUUUUCCCCCCUUCUAGCGGCGAAAAAACACCAGAACACCCUGGCAGAUUUUAUUUAGAGGUGCUGCUGGAUUACAUGGUUCAAACUGUGGUCAAACUUGAAUGGCAGGACAAAUUGUCCCAUCACCAUAGAUGUUUCGGAUUUUUGAUGGAAAAGUUUAGGCAUUAUUAUUUACCGGUGAUAUGCCCGAACUUUGCAAAAGAAACUUCUUUGUAUCGCCCAAAUUUGGAUUUGCCAGUAUGGAGAAAAUUUGAGCAAGAAACAGAGUAUGUGUUGUGCCGGGUGUCUCUAAUAAUCUGGGUUACGAACUAUUUGAGCCCACUCAGAAAGGGUAACGAGACUGCGCAUAAUAUUCCGCAACUCUCCGCAUCACAAAGUAACAAGGAAGACGACGAGGAUUCUCAUGAUUCUCCCCAUCCCAGUUUGGAUUCGAAUAUAUCCGUGCAAAGCAACAAAACAAAGUCAGAGGAAAAACUUGCCUCUCAAAUUGUCAGAGACGUCCUGUACUGUAACCAAGACAAUGUCAAUUUUGUGCAUGAACUAUACAGGCAGGCGUUUCUUUUGAAUUUUAGUCACGUGAUCGCCAUCAGAAAAAUCAUAGCAAUCUACAAAGAUUUGAUUCAGGGUAACGUUGCUGAAUUACCGGUUUAUGCAUUGGAACCACCUGACGAAUUGACCGCAAAUCAACAGGAUGUUGGAUCGAUUGCUAACAGAGGAGGCAGGUUGAGAAAUGAUUCCUAUUUGGGCGCCAUACAUAAGGAAAAUUUGUUGGUUAGGGCCGGCGUGCAGAAUGUUUAUCAGCUUUUUGUGACACACGCCGCCAAUGUUUUUUUGCUUGAAGUGGACCCCAAAAUUCCUCGGAUAUUGGAAGAGCAAACCGAUGCUUGCAAAAGGGUACUAAACAUAUACAGAUACAUGGUGAUGAAUAGCCGAAUGGACAGUAACACUUGGGAACAGUUGCUCUUGGUGUUGCUCCAAAUCACGUUGUUGGUACUGGGCGAUGGACCGCCGAAGAGAAAGCUGCAUUCAUUAGGCGGGAAGUUGGCUCCUGCCAUUUUCCAAACAUUGAUAGUCACGUGGAUCAAGGCCAACUUGAAUGUGGCAGUAUCUAGAGAACUCUGGGAUCGAUUCUUGGACAUUCUGACAUCUCUAACCAAUUGGGAGGAGUUAAUCAAAGAAUGGGCGAAAACGAUGGAAACGUUAACGAGAGUGUUGGCGAGGCACGUAUACAACUUGGACUUAACUGACUUGCCCCUCGAUCGACUGAACGACCAGAAAUCGAAAAAAACGAAACGGUUUGCUGUGCGUCAGGAAAAUUAUAAUUCAAACGUAAACAGUGCCGAAACAUCGAGGCAGGAUCCUUCAUUGCCAGACGGAAACCUUUUUUCUUCCAAACGGAUAAAGCCUGGUCUUUCCAGAAGCUACAGUGAUGUUAAUUUGAACGCACGAACCAAGGGAAGCCACAGAGGUAAUCAAAUAUUUCAGAAGAAAAAUCGUAGAUCAAAGUCGUUAGAAAUUAUUCCACCUCACGAUGUCGACUUGACCGAUAGAUCGAGAUCGCCUUCGCCAGCACCAAGCAGUGGACUGGAGUGCAGCUCUGUAAAGGAUUCUCCGAUUCAGCUUGAUAUGGAUUCUUCUGAGAAACACACCCUAGAACCUUCGGAAGAGCACAGGGGCAUAAUAUGUGGUGGUUCGGUGCGUGGCUGGCUCCCCGACGUUGCUGUCAUCCUGUGGAAACGGAUGCUGGGUGCGUUGGGCGAUGUCAAUCAAAUCUGCGAUCCGAAGCACCACCAUCAGGUGUUUGAGUACCUAAAUAAACUCACCAACACUCUGAUCAAAAUCAAACUGAACCAGGGCGUGUCGGGAGAGAACACGAACUUGGGACCCGGGUCGCCCGAAUUGAUACCACCCGUCGUACUGAUACUGCCUUGGUGUUUUGGCGCGCUGUCUUUGCCUGACGAUUACGAAGCCGGCAAACAGAUCGCCCUGAAAAUUUUAAUUACUGUGAUGUUGAAUUGUGAUGAAAAGCAUAGGACCUAUCUACCCCAGUUUUAUAGUUUUAUACAUACGGCUCUAACGGGUGCUUCAAAAUUAUUGAAGUUUACAUCAAUUAAGUACCUAGGCCCGAGGUUCAUCUCAUUUCAUCUGCCGGGUUCGUCUUUGCUGCUUUUGGACCUGGUCGUUGCGUGCAAUGACGUCAUAAACGCGUCGGAAAUAGCGGAAGCGGCACCCAGAUGCGAGGCCAUUUCCAUACUGACGAACUUGUUGAGUUUACCCGAAGAUCCCAGCUCCAUAUCGGUGCUGCAACCGGAAACGGAAUUAACUGUAAUCGAGAAUUGCCCCGACAUUAAGGAUCAUGUGGUUAGCAUUCUUUUAAGGGCAGGGAAACGCGAACCAACCAGCCGAGCUCGAUGUUUGGCGCUGUCUGGCCUGGGAAUAUUCGUCUAUAAAGAGCUCGCCAAUCAAACGUUCCAUUCCAAGGUUACGGAAGCAAUAAGUGUGCUACUUCAAGCACUGAAGUUCAACAACAGAGCUAUAGCCCAAAUAGCCAGCGAUCACCUUUUUCUACUCUGCAACCACGCGUCUCUCCUUCACAAGCGCUACCCGAUUUACGUGCAGGCAAUAAUCGCAGAACUGUGUGGCGCUUUAUCGGUCCACGCCCCUUCGGGUACGAUGGCAGUGGAAAGUGACAGAGUGUUGGUGGCCGCCCUGCUGCUGUGCCUCGGCGAGUGGUGCAUGCGGCUCGGACCUCGGCGAUUGUUGGAAGAACCUAACAGCAAGGGAUCAUGUUUGUUAUUGCAAGUAUUCACGGUACUCCACAGAUUGAUUUCGAGUCCCGCCCCGUCUGAAACUAGGAGCGGAUCGAGUCACGGCAGUGGCGAUUUCGACCCCAACAUAUUCUCUGAGUAUUUCAAAAAAUCCGGCAAUCCGAUGGUGAAAGAAUCGACCCCUGACAACACGAAAUGCCACAGGGAUAUUGCUUUAUGCGCGGAAACGGUAUUAGCUCACAUCGUGGGCCAUCUCGGACAUUUUCCUAUGGCCGUCGGAGCCGCUAGGCUAAGUUCGCUCGUGUCCGAAUACGACGAUGUGCCCAACUACGCCCCCUCGGAUAAUCUGACAUUCAACAUAUUCCUGGCGCCUAACGUCCAGCUUUUGAUAUUGUCAAAAAAUAUCAUAGCAAGCCUCAUCGAACUACCGACAUUGGAUUUGCCGGGGGGCGGUGUCACCGCCGGUCUCGUUACUGCUGACAGACAGGUCAGGAUUCUGUUUAGGGAUCUGUUGGGAAAGUCGAGCUGGGAUGCGUCGAUACUGUACAAAGUACCUGACGAGGUAGACUCGAGUAACCAAGAAACCCUUCCGAAUGUGUUGAAAGUACCAGACUGUUUGGGUGACGGUACCCUGGAAAGUUUUGUUGACGCCACCUUAACACCUCAAAUUCUCCCCCAGAGGGCUAUUAGGCACAGACCACCCGACAUGUUGCCCGAACUGUCAAACGCUGCGUCCGACUUGGAUCAAUUAGACGAUCUUCUCCAAUAUUUGGGCUAUACGAGUCCAGAAUGUCUCGAAUGCUCAGACAGGAAAUUGAACGAACCCGCAUGUUCACCAGUUUCGGUCGAUAUCGAACAGGAGGCGAUAGCCACCGUAAUAAGUCAGAGGAAUGUAGAAGCGGAGGAGGUGAGACUUAUCCAGCAUGUACCAUUGGUAUCGGGUCAGCCACUGAUCCGAAUUGACAAUUACCCUAACAAUCAUUCGUCAGAUCAGUACCAGAGGUCGACUUUCAUGUCGAAUACUCAAGAAGAAGGUUCAUUGAGUUUAGUUCAAGUGAAUACAUUCCACCAGUGCCGCAUGCUGUUCUCGCAGCUUAGUCUCGCCGGUUGGGAGAGACGCAAGCAGCUCCAUCUUCUGGAUAAAACGGAGAGACUUUUGCGAGAACUUCGCAAUCUGGACAAUCAAACGUGCAGGGAAACCCACAAAUUCGCAGUAAUCUAUGUGGCGCCUGGACAAGAAGACAAAACCUCCAUCCUCGCUAAUCAGAGUGGCAGCGUUGCUUACGAACAAUUUGUUGCCGCCUUGGCUUGGGAAAUCGAACUAGAGAUCCACACCGGCUUCCUCGGUGGUUUGCAAAGACAAGGAUCUACGGGCGUGACCGCUCCCUAUAUGGCAACCAGUUUUAUGGAAGCGAUUUUUCACGUCGCCACCAGGAUGCCGGGAGACACUAAAGAGGCCGUCUUGAAUAAGACAAAACAUUUGGGUAACGACGAGGUGCAUAUAGUUUGGUCGGAGCACAAUCGGGACUAUAGACGCGAUAUCAUUCCCACCGAAUUCUGUGACGUGCUGAUAACUAUAUACCCGCUGGGGAAUAAUUUAAAUAGGGUGACUGUAAAUUGCAAGGAAGACGUCCCUCAGUUUGGUGUCGUUUUCAACGAAGCCGUCGUGGAGAGUAACAUUUUGGCGGCGUUGGUGAGGACGACGGCGGUUUGUGCCAGCAGAGCCAAAAGAACUACCUACAAAUUCUACCAGCAGUUCUACGAGGAGAGGUGGAGUUCGUUGGAUACGGUCGUUACCAAACACAAGUACAGCACAACUUACGAAGAGUUUCUCUCUAAGAUGUACAGUCCCGGUAUCGAGCCCAGCCCAUUCUGUUCGACCGAAAGUCUAUCAGUAUCUACCGACGGUACGUCGGGAAGUUCCUCCAUGUUGGCCGCCGCCCUUUUAGACUCCGCCCACGGUUACGCAUAUCGUAGCGGGUCCAAAGUGGAUCAAAAAUUUAGAGUAUCGGGCAACGAACAGUCGCGCAUGUUGUGGUUCAACGGUCCGGAAUCACAUAACGUGGACUCGAAUAUAUCGCCGAGGCCGCUAAAGAAGCUUUCGGAGAACUUAAAGAACUCGCGGAAAUCCUUAAAGCAGGAGUCGUCAGUCGAAUCGCCGCCCGAAAGCCCCUUGCCAGCGGCCAAGAAGAAGUAACCCGAGUUGGUGGGUUCGUUUAAUUAACGUCUGAAGAGCGUCAAAUUUUGGGUAAAAAUUAUAUAUUUUAUUUUUCGUGCGUUUUACUAUAUUUGAAGAGCGAACGAAACGCGAAAACCGAAUUAGAGUUUGUAUUAGCCCUACAUCAUUUUGGGUAUUUGCAGUGAUGCAGACGCGUCGAUUUUAUUUAUGUGCUAUAUUAAAAUGAAAGUUUUCUUAAGACGCCCUUUUAUAGCACGGCCGAAGCAAUUGAGUUUAAUAAAGACUCGUUUUCAAAGUACUUAGUGAUCAACGUUCACCCCCAAUAACUUUAUUUGACGUUUUAGAAAAAAAAAUAUACAAAAGUUGUAGAGUUUAAUGUGUAGAUUGAUUUAUUUAUUUAUAUACAAGGUGUGCCAAAAAAAUCAUAGUAUUUCAAAGUAAUGCACUAAACACCGUCUGAGAGGUGCGUUAAGAAAAAAAUUUUUUGCAUCUAAAUUUUUUGUGGCAUUUGAAGGUUCACCUUAUUGAUUUUUGUUGUGGAUGAAAGCAAGGUGAAAACUGCUGGUAUUUCUUUUUUUUAGAGUACCAAUGAACCCUAAGCCCUUUUGUUUCAUGGCUUGGGCCAACUCAAUCGAAGUGAACCAAUUUUCAAAAGUCAUUCAUUCAUUUGUCCCAUAAAGUAGUUUUGUAAGCCAUAAUACAGUCUGAAUAGGCUUAUUGAAACUCUUUUUAUCAUUGAAUAGUGUAAUUCCAUCUGAGUUUCUGUCCAUAUAAAUUUAAAACCAUCAGUGCAGCACAUAAUCUUUAUCCCAUAUUUCACGGGUUUAUUUGUAAUACUACACCGGCCUCUCAACCGAACAAGCAUUUCAUCAUUGCAGGCUGAUUUGCCGAUAGCACAACAAGUUUUGCAGUUUUUGAUAAAAAUAUUAAAGACACUCGAACAUUCGUCCAUUUUACAGGCAUAUCACAAACAUCGCCACUAAACAAGGGCUUCCAAACUUUGAGUGGUAGGAUCUCUAUAUUGUGUUGUGGUCAUCGCCCUCUAUUGGAGUUUCGGGUUUUUUCGCCCAUUUGAACCUGUUUUUUCCAUAGUAAUAAUAAUAGUAAAAAAAUAAAACUUUGUCAUAACAUUGGGAAAUAGGUAUUAAUAAUCUCAUCACACUCGUCUAAGUCGCUAUUAUCACCCUCAACUUCUCCAAACCACUUUUUAAGGUCAUUCUCAUAAUUUGGAUCGGCAUAUUUUACCCGCUUUGAGCCAUUGGGUCCCUCGUCCCUUGUUUUUCAAAAUGCAAAUAUUUAGAGAGCGAUGUACUUCCGUAAGGCGCGUUACCACCUCCCACUCUACUGAAAAACGACCAACGUUUGGAAGCGCAGAAAUGGCGAUAUAUUUUAGACUCAGCGUUUCAAUGCUGUCUGUAAGUGGUUAAGGUAUUUUUUACAUUAAGCCUAGAACUACCAAAAAAUAAAAUAAAUAAAAUCGUCACGUCUUUUGUUUAAUUUUGACAAUUGUGGGGAUAUGUUCAAUAUUACUGUCUAACAUUUGCAACACGUGACUACAAAGUGCUAAUCGUUAAGAAGUAUUUUUCCCAGUCAAGUGCUCAAAUUUGAUAAAUUUAAAAAGGUAGAUUUUUUCAAGUUCUCCAAAACUUCUCGUGAUUCUUCUGCAAAUCGAUAACAUCUUGUUGUGUGGAAUUUAUGAAAAUUUUUAAAAUGCUACAAUAAUUUAAGUAAUAUAAAAAAACAUCUUUUUUAAUUUUUUUGAAAUGUUGUAUAAAAUUGCUGAAAUGUCAUUUUAAAUGGUAUGCGCUCUUCUUUCCUUUGGAUUUCUAUAUAUUCGCGCGUAUGUUUGCAUUUUUCUCAUGUUUUAUACACAGCGAAGAAUUUUGAAUAAUUACAAUAUUCAUGGUAAGCGACAUUGCCAUAAUUUAAACCUGCCCAACUAAGUGACGAUUUUAUUUUUGGGUAAUUCAGGCCUAAUAUACAGCGUAUUUAAUUUUAAAAAAGCAAAACUUUGAUGUUUUAUGUAUACUACGUUUUGUGGAACACCUUGUAUAUAAAUAAGUAUACAACAUUAAAUCUACACAUUAAACCCUACAACUUUUGUAUUAAACUUCUUUUUUAGAAAAUAUAAAUUUAAAAAGUUAGAGGCGCUAACAGCAGAUAAUAAUAAUUAUAAUAAUUUAUCCCUUUAGAUAUUUGUAUUGGAACUUUACAAUUUGAACCGAUGUUGAAGACAUAAAUUCUUAAAUAUCAACAAAAGCAUAGAAUUUAAAAAACUAACUUAGCACAACAGAAAUAUUUUUGGCUUUUUAAAAAUCGUUCGGAGGCUGUGUAACCGCAAAACUGUGAUCGUUAUGUUUUAAUUUUUCCUGUACGUUUGUAAUAGUUUCAGAUUACGUAUUCAUAUAGAUAAGAAAAAAUUAGACAAAAAUAAAUUUGAAAACAACACUAAGGAAACAACCCCCUUCAAUAAACAAACUGUAAAAUAUAGAAUCAACCUGUCAGACUGCGAAAACCCAAAAUAGGUUUGUUUAUCCAAAGAAUGGUCGAGCUCGUCACGAAAAUUAUUGCAUUUAAUAUUUUUAGUUGCAUUUUUUUUUGUUGGUGACAGUAUUCUCUUAAAUUAAAGUUGGAUUCUCGAAGGCGCGAGACUGACUGCCGGGAGUGAGAAUUUCGUAGAUUUUAGAUUAAUUUUUGUGUAAAUUAAAUUACUGCAAAAUAUGUCAUUUCAUCGGAACUGAAAAAAUGGCGUACUAAAUACAUUUAUAACACUUGGUUUUUUAACUUCAGUAUUAAUAUUUUUCUCUAACUUAUUUUCGUUUUACAAUAGUUUAUAAUUUAUGUAGUACUUAUUACUAAAAGCUUUAUAAUUAAAACAUUUUCGAAUAAAAAGAG